UUCACUUUGGAAUGACUUCUUUAUCAACUACACCCCACCACCAUCACAAAGGUCCGAGAAAUGGAUGAGAGAGAGGGCCAAUAAAUUAAAAGAGGAGGUAGGUGUUCUAUUUCAAAACUGCAAGAAUAUAGUGGAAAAGAUGAACCUAGUAGAUGUGCUCCAACGUCUCGGAAUAGAUCAUCAUUUUGAGGAACAGAUAACCACUACAUUACACAGCAUUCACAAUGCUGAUUUCAAUAGUGGAAGCCUUAAUGAGGUUUCUCUUCGGUUUCGGUUGCUUAGGCAGCAAGGAUUUUGGGUUCCUCCAGAUGUGUUCAACAUUUUCAAGAGUGGAGAUGGGAGCUUUGUCAGUGAUAUAACUAAUGACACGAAAGGCUUGCUAGGCUUGUAUAAUGCAGCUCACCUUCUAACUCACAACGAGGGAGCACUUGAAGAAGCUAUCUUAUUUGCAAGGCAUCAUCUGGAAUUAGAGAGAAGUACCCUAAAGUCCCCGUUUGCUGAACAAGUCACACGUGCUCUUCGGAUUCCAUUACCAAGAACCUUGAAGAGAGUAGAGGCACUAAAUUAUAUAACCGAGUACAACGUAUAUGAACAACCAUACAACCCUGCGAUUUUGGAGCUCGCCAAGCUUGAAUUUAAUCUUCUACAACAUCUCUACCUAAAAGAGCUCAAGACUGUUUCCCAGUGGUGGAAGGAUCUUUCAGCAUAUAUUGAGCUAGAUUACAUCAGGGAUCGUUUGAUCGAGGGCUACUUUUAUUCUUACAAUGUGUACCAUGAGCAAGAACAUGCACGUGCACGGAUUAUUCUUACCAAGAUAUUUGUGCUAUGGACCUUAUUAGAUGACACUUUUGAUACUCAUGCUAAUUUGGAGGAAUGCCAAAAGUUACAUCAGGCUAUAGAAAGAUGGGAUGAGAGUGCAGCUUGUCUUCUACCGGACUACUUGACGAAAUUCUUUCUCAAGCUUAUAAGCAACUUUAGGGAGUUUGAUAAUGAACUGGGACCACAUGAAAAGUAUCGCAGUGCUUACAACAAAAAAGCGUUCCAGAAAUUAUCCAGCUAUUAUCUACAGGAAUCCGAAUGGUUCCAUAAGAAUCACAUACCAAGCUUUAAAGAUCAAAUGGAUGUGUCUGUCAUGACUGGGGGAGCACAAAUGGCAUGUGUCGGUAUACUUUUUGGCAUGGAUGAUGUAGCUCCAGAUGCAUUCGAGUGGGCUAUUGGUUGCAGUGAUUCCGCCAAAACCGUUGGAGCAAUAACACGUUACGCGAACGACUUGGCUGCAUUUAAGAAUGGUGGGAAUAAAAUGGACACAGCCAAUUCUGUAGAGUGCUACAUCAAGGAACACAAUGUCACUAGUGAAGUUGCCCUAGCCAAGAUAAGUGAUUUGGUUGAACAUGAAUGGAAAAAUACAAAUGAAGCACGCUUUAAGAAUCGAGAGCUGCUUUCGGUUGUGCAACGAGUCAGCAAUUGUGCAAUGUGUGCCAUGUUUUAUUGUCAUGGUAUGAGAGAUUUGUACACAAACAGUAAGGACAUAAUAGGGGCAAUCGAGUCCCAUUUCGUCAACCCUAUUUCUCUCUAGAUUUUAGUGCUGCUGGAAAUUAAAUACGUAAUAUGGAGUCCACUAAACAAAGUAUUAGCGGAUAUUAAUGCAACAUUGAAGCUGCGAAUGCCGAAUGGUGUGCAAUGGGACUUCUCAACUUUGCUCAACACAUACAUACUUUUUACAAAACAAAAUAUUGUAUCUUUUUAUAAUGUGUUUGUUAUGGAGUGAAUAUUUUGAGGAUUGCAGGAAAUAAAUACUAUAUUUGAUCAUCACAUUAUCAUUUUGUUUGUA